AUGACUAGUGCACAAGAAUAUCAUACAGCAUCUGUAUUAUCAAAUGGAAAAGUAUUAGUUACUGGUGGACAGAAUGCUAAUAGCGCUAUUUUAAGUAGUGCUGAGCUGCAUGAUCCAUCAACAAGCACUUGGACAACUACUGGUAGCAUGACUACUGCACGAGAAUAUCACACAGCAUCUUUAUUAUCAAAUGGAAAAGUAUUAGUUGCUGGUGGAUCAGGCACUAUUAGUUAUUUAAAUAGUGCUGAGCUGUAUGACCCAUUAACAAAUACUUGGACAACUACUGGUUAUAUGAUUAACACACGAUAUUAUCACACAGCAUCUAUAUUAUCAACUGGAAAAGUAUUAGUUGCAGGUGGAGUAGGCAGUGGUUUCUUAAAAAAUACUGAGCUGUAUGAUCCAUUAACAAGCACUUGGACAGCUACUAGUAACAUGAAUAAUGGACGAGAAUAUCACACAGCAUCUGUAUUAUCAACUGGAAAAAUAUUAGUUACUGGUGGAUUUGAUAAUAAUAUUGGUAUUUUCAAUAGUGCAGAAUUAUAUUAA